AUGAAUAUAAACGAAUUAAAACAAUUAUUAUCCUCUAGAACACGUCUUGUUGCAUUACCGCAUGUGAGUAAUUUAUUAGGCGAUAUAUUAGACGUUCAACAAAUGGCUACGCUUGUUCACGAAAACAAUCCUCAAACUCGUCUAAUUAUUGAUGGUGUUGCUUAUGCUCCUCAUAGAUUGAUUGAUGUUAAAGCAUGGAAUGUUGAUUUUUAUGGAUUUAGUUUUUAUAAAGUGUAUGGUCCACAUAUUUCUGUUUUGUAUGGAACAAAAGAGGCGUGGCUCGAACUGACUAAGGCUAAAGCCGGUUCAAAUCAUUUUUUUAUUCCACAAGAGGACAUAACUUAUCAAUACGAAGUCGGAUGCAUGAAUCAUGAAGCGUGCGCAGGGAUAUUAGCAUUGAAAAAGUAUUUCAAUAAGGUUUUUGACCAAGAAAAUACUAAUGAAGAGAUGACACGUGACAAGAUUGAGAGAGUGUUUGAUGUAUUUAGUAAGUUAGAACAAUCACUAACAGAGUGUUUAGUCAAGUAUUUAUUGACUAAACCAAGUGUUACAUUACUUGGUUCAAAAAGUUAUGAUUCUUUGAUACGUGUUCCAACCAUUAGUUUUAUCUCAACAAAAAUGCUGUCAGCGGAUAUUGCUCGAGUCUUACAUACGAAUAAAAUUGCCUGUCGAAACGGACACAUGUAUGCUUACCGUCUGGUUCAAGCACUCGGUUUAGAUAUGAAUGAUGGUGUUUUACGUUUAUCUGGUUUACAUUAUAAUACUCGAGAAGAAAUUGACAAAGUGAUUCAAAUAUUGGAUAGUUUACUUUAA